AUGUCUCCUAAAAGGCUGAUCUUUACUCUUGGGACCAACAAUUGGCAAUCACCCGAUCAAUUUGCUCCUGGAUCUGGAAUUUUGCAUCAAGGGCAUCACAUCGCAAUGAAUUCCUUACCAGAUACACUUUGUUAUUCGAUAUGGCCAUCUAACAUUCAAAAAACGCCUAGUGACAGGGAUGAUUAUAGGGUCUAUGAGAUUCCACAUCCUAUUCCAAUUUGUGAAAGUGUAGGACCACAGAGUAGCAAACGUUGGCAUUCGAUGAGUGAUGAGGAAGUAAAAUCUUAUUGUGACACUCUCCGGGAGCAGUGUUGGGAUUAUAUCGAAUAUGCUGAAAAAAAGCAUAACCAUUUUUUUAAUUUAUUUUUGGCUCAUCAUUCUUUCAUGAAUCCUGUGAUUAUGUCCGAAAUUAAUGAGCGUCGUAUGGCAUGUGGUAAACCAAAGGUUCCUCUGAUAGUCUUUGUGCAUGGUACUGCCCUCAAGAUGUAUGAAAACGAGUUAAAUGGUCUCCCUGACUUUCCAAUGAAGUAUUAUACAUGGAUUCGUAAUGAUAGGAAAAUCUUCGAAAAUACUGAUAAAGUGUGUGGCAUUUUUGUGGUUUCCCUUCCACAAAAAGAGACCUUUGUUAAAUAUUUCCCAUCCUUUCCGGAAGAUCGUAUUUCCGUUGCUCCCUGUGGAUACGGUCAGCACAUCUUCCGUCCGAUUGAGGGGAUGACCAGGAAAAACGCAAUUGGAAAGAUGCCUCAGGUUUUGUAUGAUGGGUUCGACAAGACUCGACUUCCUAGCGAAGUUCAAAAUGUUGAACCUGGUAAAAUAAUUCCCGAUAUUGAUUCAUAUAGCCAUUUGGUGGUUUUUUGUGGACGUUUUGCUGAUUGGAAGCGUCUGGACGUGGUUCUGUUGGCGGCGAGCAAGUGGGAGCAGGAGGGAAAGAGUAUCUUAACGGUAUUGUGCGGUGGUGGUUCAAAAGAGACGUGUCAGAAAUAUGUUGACAUGGCCUAUCAUGACCUCAGGCUGAAGGAUACGUUCUUUUUAGGACCCCAGGGACAACCUGAACUCGCCAAUUUGUUUACGGUUGCCGAUAUUGCGGUUUUUCCAAGCAAGGACGAACCCUUUGGUCUUGUUUUUAUCGAAUCCAUGGGUUGUGGGACACCGGUGAUAGGGGCGAAAUCGGGAGGUCCCCUUGAAUUUGUAAAUGAUAAGGUUGGGACCCUUGUAGAUGAGGGAACGAAUGCGGAAGUGGGUGAGAGAGUUUAUGCUUCUGUCCUGCAGGCUUUGAAGGAGAACUGGAAGAAAACUAAGGGUCCUCAUUGUGUGCAGUAUGCCCUCAAUAAAUUCAGCCUGGCUGCUCAAGUUCAAUUGAUGUUGAGCCAUGCGGAUUCACAUUUUUUUGUUUGA